ACGGAGGAUCGUAGCUGAUUGAUUGAUGGAUGGAUUGAGCUCCGGGCGAACCAUCCCGUCCCAUCAUCAUUGUCAAGUCGAGGCUCCAAUACGUUAAUCCAUAUGGUGGCCGCUCGGGCAUAUGGCGCUGUCAAGGGGCAUUCACCAUGCCACCAUGGUUGGCAACUUGGCAUGGCGGAGAGGAAGGAACCCCCCAGACGCAACCCCACCUUUUGCAACGCAAUACGUGUGCGGGGCAUGCUCACCAAGCACAUGUACCGUGAUGUGCAACGCAUAAUACAUAACCAGACAGGUCCUCGUGCUCCAUGAGAAUAUUCCUCCCGGAGCACUGAUUACCCAUUGGAAGAACACGUGCAACGCUGGAAUCACACAACACAUCCACUACACGUAACUCCUACCUACCUCACCUUUGCGAUCUCCUCAUCCACACCACCGAACAUCACAACGAAACAUGUCUGCGGCAACCGUAACCGUCGUCUACCCUCAGGGCGCCAAGUUCGACAUGGAAUACUACAAGGCCAAACACAUGCCUUUGGUACAAGAGAAGUGGGGCCCAUUCGGCUUGACGAGCUGGAAGGUCAUGUCGUUCCCCAGUGAUGCAGCUUAUUGCGUGCAAGCUACAUUGGAAUGGAAGGACUUGAAAUCUUUCCAGACAGCGGCAUCUUCACCAGCGGCCAAGGAAGUGUUGGGAGACGUCUCCAACUUCAGCGACAAGGACCCCGUGAUUCUUGCGGGAGAGAUCCAAUUCAGCUCGUCGUAGACAGAGCGAGGGAAAGAAGGACAAGCGUGUGCGAUGGGUGGAAGUGAAGGUCAUCGAGGAGCAGCAGUUGGGUGCUCGUGGAGCUUGGAAACUACCUAGGUGGAACUAAGUAGGCGGAAUUGUACAGAGAAGGGAACUGUCAAUAUGGAAAUCCC